UCCGAAGCCUUUAUUGGUAAAGAGGUCAUCGGUCACCCAUUCCUCCGCAUUCGGUCGGCCAGUUGUAGCCAUCGCCAGCCACCUCCUCCUCAGAUCCGCGUCCCUCCUCCCCCUUCUUCUCUCCUUCUCUCCCUCGUCUUCCGUCGCCUUCUUCUUAGCUCGCGAGAAAUUUGGGAUCCUUCGGAGAUAGCCAGGCAGCGAUAAAGGUGAGAGCUUCUAGGGGAGAAGAGGAAUAUGCCGUACUCUUCGUCGUCUGGAUCGGAGGAGGACGAGGGCGUCGACGCCUACCGCAAGGGAGGAUACCAUGCGGUCAGGGUCGGCGAUCAGUUCGCCGGAGGGCGCUAUAUCGCCCAGCGGAAGCUCGGGUGGGGUCAUUUCUCCACCGUCUGGCUCGCCUAUGACACCCGAUCCGCGAAUUUUGUUGCUCUCAAAAUUCAAAAAAGUGCACCAGAGUUUGCUCAAGCUGCUCUCCAUGAGAUUGAACUUCUAUCUGCAGUUGCAGAAGGGGAUGCCUCAAAUUCUAAGUGCAUAGUUCGACUAAUUGAUCACUUUAAGCAUUCUGGCCCUAACGGGCAGCAUCUCUGCCUGGUAGUUGAGUUCCUUGGCGAUAGCCUACUUCGACUUGUGAAGCACAACCGCUACAAAGGCAUUGGGCUAGACAGGGUGAAAUACAUAUGCAAGUCUAUCUUGUUGGGUCUUGAUUAUUUGCACAGGGAGUUGGGUAUCAUUCACACGGAUUUGAAGCUGGAGAAUGUUCUUCUGAUCUCCACCAUUGAUCCUGCAAAAGACCCAGUCAGGUCUGGAUUCACGCCAAUCCUGGAGCGACCAGAAGGCAACCCCAAUGGGACAGCAGUGGUCAAUUUGAUUGAAAAGAGACUAAAGGAGAGGGCAAAGCAGGCAAGGGCAAGGAUCUCUGAGAGAAGAGCAUCAACUACAGAUCUGGCACUGCAGGAAAGGAGCUUGGAUGGGAUUGAUCUUCGAUCCAAGAUUGUGGAUUUCGGGAAUGCUUGUUGGUCGGACAAGAAGUUAACUGAUGAUAUACAGACUAGACAAUAUCGGUCACCUGAGGUAAUUCUUGGUGCUGGAUAUAAUUGUUCUACAGACAUGUGGUCCUUUGCUUGCAUGGCUUAUGAGCUUGCUACUGGGGAUAUGUUAUUUACUCCAAAAGGUGGUCAAGGGUAUAGUGAGGAUGAGGAUCACUUGGCUUUGAUGAUGGAGCUCCUCGGAAAGAUGCCCAAAAAGAUCGCUACGACAGGGUCCCGGUCAAAGGACUACUUCGACAGGUAUGGAGACCUCAAGAGGAUCCGAAGACUCAAAUUCUGGCCAUUUGAUAAACUCCUGGUUGAGAAAUACAAAUUCCCCCAGGAUGAUGCUCGUGAAUUCGCUGAGUUCCUUUGCCCUCUACUUGAUUUUUGUCCUGAGAAGCGGCCUACUGCCGCUCAGUGUCUGCAGCAUCCAUGGCUACAGGUUAAAGAUGCAAAACCUGGUGUUGAAAAAAAUGAAGCCAGUGUGGGGAAGCUGGAGAUCGGCAUGAGCAAGCUCAAAGUUCCAGUGAACUGAGGAACUUUUUGUUUCUGACGCACUUCAAGUAUUCUCUUAGCUGGAAGUUGAUUAUUUCUACGCCACCUCUGAUUUGCUUAAAUCAAAAUUGGAUCACCAUCAUAACACUGGAGAAAGCAGCUUCAUCACAGUGAGAUGGGGCUAACAACAACAUACUACCAUAUAUGUUUUGUGCAAAAUUUUUGUUUUUCUUUUUUGGUUUUGUAUGUGAUCAUUAUGCUAGUUGGGGAAUGAGUGGGAAUAAGUAAAGGUCAUCACAAGGAUUUAUGCUAACCUUCUUCCUGCUGUUUCCGAUAUUGGAAUACCCUCAACCUAAAGUUUUCUUUUAUACUGGCUGAAGCUUGUUGGGGGUUCUUUUUUGUGUGAACAUCAUUAACUUGUGUAUUAUUUGAGGACUUCCAUUAAUUUAUUUGUUGUAAAAAAUUUCAUUA